AUGGCCACGAGCCAUACCGGACAUCUCAACACCUCGCCGAAGUAUUGGAAGUACAUCUCUGAAGGUGGCGCGACAAUUGUGUUCUCGUAUCGCGGUCCGCCGCACGAAGUAUUCUCGCAUUCAGUUGUUCGGUUGCGUAAAGCGGUCAGGGAUGUUUCACAUGCGAUGACUUUGAAGCAGCUCGAAGCGUCGGGAAUCAAGGUCGGCGAGGUGGACGGACCUGGGAACUCAGAAGUCGUUGAGCCUGAGGAGGGUACAAUCACUCGUCCGCUUGAAAUGGCCCAAAAGGUGCGGUUGAAAGGCAAGGGCUCCAACGAUUCUUUGCGGAGCGUGGGCAGUACGAGGAGUGUCCAUGGUUCGAGGCGAAUGGGAAGCUCUUUGCAGGUUCCUAGUGGCGAGCAAGACUCGGAUUCAGAUUCGGGCUGGAUGGACGAUAGCGAUGACGAGGGUCUGGGAGAGGAAGAACAACCUGACGAUCCAACUAUCGAAUUCCAGAGUAAAAUCACGAGCAAGUUGAUCCCUUUGCACUAUCUGCCUCGCUUGGACAGUGUCAAGGUUGGCAAGAGAUGGAUUGCCGAGUUGGCGAGGAUUUCAGAACGCAUGCGACCCGUGGCUCGAAGGAGGGUUGAUGGCAUUGAUCUCAAACGCAAGAAGGGGGUCGUCGCUGAUGACUUGGUAGGUUGGGAAGGUUGGGCUGUCGAAAUCAAGCCCAAGUGGGGGUUCCUUCCCGAUCCUACGCACCUUUCGCCCGAGACUUCCAAGUUCAAGCUGACGAAGUGUCGCUACUGCAUGCACGCUUACCAUUCGUCACGCGCUGAGACCCAUGAGGAGAAGGGAAUCACGUACUGUCCACUAGAUCUAUUCUCCGGAGACCCUGGUAGGGUGCGCAAGGCGCUGGGGGCACUCUGGGACGCAUGGGACGCUAGUGGCGGCUCGCUAAACAAUUUGAAGAUUUUCGUCAAGGGGAAGAUUCUCAAGCCAAAAGCAACUAAAGGUUCCGAGGCGAGUUUUGAGUUUGCGCAUAUAUCCAGCCCUGUGGCUUACAUACGGCCAGGCUUGUCAUUACUGAUGCGUUCGCUGGACGCGUUGGACAUCGAGGGGAUAGAGAAACUAUGGCGCCAGGCAAAGCACGUGGCUAUGGUAGGAAUGACACCGCAGAUCGCUUCGGAUGAGGCCGAGCCGUCGUUAGAUGACUGGGAAGAGUUUGUGGCAGAAUACCUUUUGCACGGGCCGUACGUGUCCUCGGAGCCGUACCCAACUGACAAACCGCGCGAGGAGGAUUUGAGGUAUUGGCUGACGAGCUAUCUAAUGAGCGCUACCUUUAAGGACUGCUCAGUGAUGCUGAGGUUCCCGCCUGGCAAAGUAUCACCCGACUCGACGUUCGACAACUUGGACAGAGAUGUCAACAUGCCGUUGAUGACAGCCAUUGACCUCGACCCCAAAUCAAUGCGGCGACUGCAAAAAUGGUUCGAUAUGGAUCGCGAAAUUGUGGCGGUGCGGAUCCGGCCUGGGAAUGAGCACGAUUUGACACACAUCCCGGCGCGGUUCCAGAAGACGGUGGUCCAUGCCCAGAACGGCACCACCGUGGCUGUCGACGCGAUCCCAGCCGCCAACAACACAGGGAGCACCGCCCCACCUCCGAAAAAACAGGUUUUUACUUUCGACCAGGCACACAGUCCUGGUACUACACAGCACCAGCUCUUCUCCACGACUGCUGCCCCCCUCGUCGAGCGCUUUGUCCAAGGCUUCAACUGUACUGUGCUUGCAUAUGGCCAGACAUCGUCCGGAAAGACAUAUACCAUGUCCGGUAUUGACCUCGAUGGUGAUCCCAAUGACCCCGACAACGGCAUGGGCAUCAUCCCCCGUGCCGUCGCUACUAUCUUUAACAGGGCCCGCGAGCUGAAAGAAGAAAGAGGAGCUGGGUGGCAGUACACUGUCAAGGCUAGCUUUGUCGAACUCUACAACGAAGAUUUAAUCGAUCUGCUCUCCGACGAUGUCUCCGGUCGUCGCGAGGUUCAAAUCCGUGAAGAUAAGGACGGAACUAUUAUCUGGGGUGGCUUGCGUGAGGUCCCGGUCAAAGGGGUGGCUGAUGUGCUCAAUCUCUUGCGUCAGGGAACAUCUCUGCGACGGACCAAUGAGACUGACAUGAAUGCCCAGUCCUCUCGAUCUCAUGCUAUCUUCUCCCUUACUCUUGUUCAGAAAAAGUAUAACGGCUCUGCACCGCUCCCUCGCUCUUCUCUCCAAGCGCCCACGGCCGCAAGUGGUCGCACGUCUCCCCUGCCCUCGCCCUCACGUCUGGCUCGCCCUGGCUCAAUGCUCGUUGGAGGCAAGGACACCUCUGGCCGUGUCACCCCGGAUGAAGACGAAAAGGCUCCUGCCAGCGGCGAAUGGGUCUCCGUUGUCUCCAAAUUCCAUUUCGUGGACUUGGCGGGAAGCGAACGUUUGAAACGAACUGCAGCUCAAGGCGAGCGUGUCAAGGAAGGAAUUUCUAUCAACGGCGGGCUCCUUGCUCUCGGAAACGUCAUUUCCGCAUUGGGCGAUCCGAGCAAGUCACGUAGCGGACAUGUUCAUGUACCUUAUCGAGAUUCAAAGCUCACUCGGCUGCUGCAAGAUUCGCUUGGCGGGAAUGCCCACACACUUAUGAUUGCGUGCGUCAGUCCGGCUGAAUACAACGCUGCCGAGACGAUCAAUACUCUGAAGUAUGCGAAUCGAGCUCGUAAUAUCCGCAACCGCGCCGAAAUCAAGGAGAAAGAAGAAGGGUGGGAGGAUUUGGAAUGGUUGCAAGGCCAAGUUAGCAAGCUUCGCAAAGAGGUCAAGGCGCUCAAGGAAGGGGGUGCUGUGUCUUCGUCGGGUGGUCCUACCGCCAGUGCUGCCGAGACAGAGGCUAAGGAACAAGAACUCCAGGUCUUGCAGAGCGAAUAUGACGACAUGAGGCAACGACUGGCUGGCACAUCCGAGGAACUCGCUCGGUUGAGACUGACCCUUGAAGAUCGAGGUGGCGCCGCUGGAGGAGCUGGAAAAUACGAAGAAAUUGUCGCACCGGUAAUCGAAGAAUAUGAGAAACAGAUAUCUCAUAUGGAGACCCAGAUUGCGCUACAGAAGACUGCAGUGCGUCAUACCGAGAACGAGCUGGCCGAUAGGGAGGCUGAACUUGAAGACGUACAAAAGCGUGCUAAUCAAGCGGAUGGUUACAUUGAAGAGCUACGUCUUAGGCUCGGCAAAGCCGCGGAACAAGAGCGAUCGCGCGAGUCCUACGUCCGUGAUCUAGAACAUCAAAUCAAGACUUUUACCGAAUCAACUUCAUCCACAUCUGGCACGCUUGUUGAGUUGCAGAGAGAACUUGCGCGAUACAGGGAGACCGAGUCGACCAAUUCACACUAUAUCUCUGAUCUCGAAAGCCGAUUAGCGCGGCAGGACAAGGACGUUGAGUCUCUUAGAAACGAUAUGGCCAAGCUUGAGCGUGAGCUUGCCCAGUCUCGUGAACGGUGCAAGACCAUGGAUUCUUUGGUUGAGAGUCUUCGAGCUGAGCGAGAGGCCGAACGCAGAGAUCGGAAUGAAUGGUCCAAGAUGCUGGAAGCCAGGGAAAAGAAGGUCGAGGAGCUAGAGACCAGGAUGGCCGACGUAGAGAAGAUGCGUGCGGAACUCCAGAGCGAGCGGGAACGCCUUGGAAACGCUGUUGGUGGCGUCGAACGCGCGCGCAGGAGCAUAGAGUUUGUAUCUCCUGCCAUCAAUGGAUCCGGCGAGUCAUCCAUAGUCUCGGAAGAACUAGAGCAAUUGAGGAAGAAGCACGCCGAGACACUCCAAGACCUCAAUGCUGUCAAUUCUCGAUACCAAGAUGCGCUGCAUGACAUCUCGGACUUGUAUGCGCAGAUCAAUGAAGCCAAGCUCCAAGCGGUUGCGAACCAAGCUCCUCCAGUGCCGCCUCUCCCUCCAACCGAAACCAAUGGUGCAGGCGAAGAACCCCGUAGUCCGCCCACACGCCGCCGUGCCGGGUCUCGCGCGGCGCUCGAGAGCCCAUCCUUACGACCUUCCCGCACAGGGGCAGACUCUCCUAGCCAGAAGCGGCUUUUUUUCCGACACGCGGCCUCGUCCGAAUCACUCCACGCGAGGUCGCAAUUGCAGUCUGUUUCGCUCUCGCAGGAGCUAUCUUCGGCACGUUCGCCCAAGAGUUUGUUCGCCAACGGGAGCGAGAACUCUGAGGGGAGUGAUGCGAAUGUGAACACGAACGGGAUUAAGAAAAUGGGCCAUCGACCGCAGCUUUCGUUGCAGCUUCCAACUGAGCGGAGUGCCGAGGAUUUAGAAAAGGAGAUCCAGAGCCUUCAGGCGAUUUUGAAAGCGCGCGAGGCAGAAAUUGUUGCUCUCGAGAAUACGAUCAAGGAGAAUGAGCGUGAGGCGUCGUUCAGAGCACUCUCGUCCGGCACCGAAAUCAAGAUCAACGGCAUGCACACAAAUGGAGACUUCAACCCUCGGGACAGUUUAUCGCCCGAGACGAUGAGGGACUUUGCAGAAAUCCGGAAGAGCUUGGAGGUGUUACCGACUAAUGGAGAGAAUGCCGAUGCGAGCUUGAAUAGGUUGGAUGAAUUGAUGAGGUCAAUGGCGAAGAAAGAGUCCCAGCAUCGCGAGUUGGUCGAUGGUUUGAAUGAUGAGCUUGAUAAACUUAAGAAACAACAUGAAGAUUUGACUGCCUUGUCCAGAGACCAGACCCACAAUAUGUCAAUGGAAAUGGACGCCCUCAAGACCCGCCUGAACGAAUCUGACGAAAAGCAUACUGCUAUCACGGCCGAACUCGAACAGAUCCGCGCCCGCGAACAAGAGCUACAAGAGCAGAUUAGAGACGCCAAUGAAUCUCACGCGUCUGAAAUUGCAAACCUCAAAUCCGAACAUGCCGUCGAGCUCGAGCGUAGAGACGCAGCCUACUCGGCCAAAGUUGCAGAGCUCCAGGCCGGACACGAGACAUCCUUGGCCCAAGCCGCCGCGCUUCUCGCCACGACUCGGCACGAAUACGCCGAAAGUCUGGGUGCUAUGCAAUCCGAGAACGAGGAUGAUUUGCGCAAGCAAACUCAGGAGCAUGAGGCUGCGAUUGCCGCGAUCAAGAUCGAACACCAGGCCAAACUGGAGGAGCUUCGCGCUGCGCAGGCGGCUGCUUUGAGCGCUCAUACAACCGAGUCCGGGGCUUCGGCGGCCCGUAUGCGUGAGGAGCAUCAGUCGGCAAUCGAGCGCCUCAAGACCGAGCACUCCGAGACACUUAGCAGGGUCGAGAACGAGGGAUUUGUUGCGCUGCAGCGGCUCAAGAGCGAACAUGCUGCCAUGCUGAAGCAAGUUGAUAUGCCCCUACAGGAUGAACAUUCAGCAGCUAUUGCCCGCAAAGAAACGGCUAUCAAGGAAGAUAUGGAGAGCGCCAAGGCCGAACAUGCUCGCAUUUUGAAGAGACGAGAGGAAGAGCACGAGGCGAGCCUCAAGGCUGCUAUCGCUAAGCAUGAAGCUGCUCUCGAUGAUUUGCGUAAAGCACAUUCAAUCGAGCUCGAGACAAUUUCUGUUCAGCUUCAGGAAGCUGCGGCCGCUCACGCGAGCGCACUCGAACAAAGCCGGGCUACUCAUGAAGAGGCGCUUCGACGCAAAGCUCAAGAGCACGCAGGCGUCCUAAACGAGAAGGAGCUUUCUUACCAACAUUCUUUGGCCCAACUCAAAGCAUCUCAUCAAGCCGAACUCGCCGCCACGCAACUGACGCUCGUGUCUAAUCAAGUGGAGCACAAAGACGCGCUCGAUUCGGCGCUUUCUCAGCGAGAGGAACAACUUGUCCGGCUGCGCGAGGAACAUGAACAAAAGAUCUUGCAACUCAAAGAGGCUCAUACCAAGGACAAGAGCGAGCUCGAUGCUAAAUAUCAAGCUGCGAUUACUGAGCUCGAAGAUCACAAAUCCAAGUUGGAGAUGAUUCGCUCUCAGGAGAGUUCCAUUGCUGGCGCUGAGUCUGCACACCAGGCCGCGCUGGAGAAACUUGGGCACGAGCUUAGCGAAGCAACCGAAGGUCGGGCCGCCCUGUCCGCGGAGGUCGAGGUACUACGUGCACAACUCGAGGAGGCUCAGUCUCACCAGGUCGCUCAUGCCGAAGAGUCUACCAAACACCAGGCCACAGCCGAUGAGCUAGAGCGCGAGCGUGAAGUUGUAUCCAAUUUGCAGAAGGAACUUCAGAAGGCAGCAGAGGAGCGGGAAGCGUUGGAGGUUGAGAGGAACAGGCAAGAUGCACUUAUCAAGGAACUCCAAUCACAACUUGUCGCGAAAGCUACCACUCCCGAACCUUCCGAAGAAUACCAGCGCUCUGCUCCUCGGGCGUCAGAGGGUGGUCGAAACAUGUCCUACGCUCGGACGAAUGGUCUUCCUCCUGCGAAGCUCCCGCCGCUUACUCCGCCGCCAUCUAUCCCACCCCCACCCCUACCAUCGUCUGUGCCUCCCGUUCCUUCCAUUCCCGAGAGCGCCACAACUCGCACUGGAACUACCUCUAUGUCCUCUCACGCUGAUUCGACAAUCGAUUCCAGCAUUGCUCCUAGCUCAGCCGCCGACCCGAAUGCUGCAGCCCAAUUGGAGAAGCAGGCUAGGCAGCUGGAUGAAGCGCAAGCAAUGAUCAAGACUCUUAACAAGCAGCUUACCCAUUGUGAAGGAGACUUACAGGCACAUAUGGACUUAGUAGCUACUCUUGAGACAUCGUUGAGCGAUUCAGAACGCAAUCUGCGCAAGUCCCGAAACCAGAGUAUGGAGUUGGUUAAGGAGCGUGAUUCGCUCAUCAAUCAAGUUCAGACUUUGCGCUCACAACUUGAAGAGGCUCAACAAGAGAUUGCACAAGUCCGGCGUACGGUUGUAGAAGAGAAGCACUCCUUAGAACAAAGGCUGGAUGAUGAACGCCGAGCCAAGGACCGGGCUCGCCACAGCUCGAGAGCCGCAUGGAAGAACUGCAACGACGCAAGUCCAAGUUUGCUUGUAUCUAGGCCUUCAGCCGAGCCUCCUGUUUAG